GGUUGGACAUUUUUGAUAAAGAUGGAUAAUACAGUAAAGGAAGGAAGGGAGGGGGGUUACCUCCUGUGCACAUGGCCGACCCAGCUACGCCCCUGAUCAGUCAUACUGUAUCAGGGAUGAGGAGAAAAAAAAGGGGGAAGAUAGCACAAAGAGAGAAGGGAAGAGAAAAGACAGGGGGAAGGAGGAGGUCUGCGUAAACCCCGCCUCCGGUCUCGGAUCCUCUCGCAAUCCUUCUUCACAGCCUCUCACGUUGAGGAUAGAGAGAGAAAGAGGAGAAACAAGGAGAAGGGCGCACGGAGAGAAGAAGAAGAAGAAGUAGAAGAAAAAGAAAAAGGAAGAAAGAAGAAGGGGAGCAGCGAAACGACCAUGGCAAUAUCCAAAACGUCUCAGCUCGAGAUAGUGUCCGAUCACAGCGCACCUCUACCACCGUCGACCACUGCACGGAGCAUGCAGUCGCACAAUAGAACAGAGUCCAGAUGAAUGAGGAGCUAUACCUGGGCCGCGGACAAAAUGAGGGUCAUCUUCAUCCAAAACGCCGGUUUCGUCGCAGCUUUCUCGCCUUUCAGAUGUGGGUCGGUGAUGUUGGCAGCGUUUAGGACGACAGACAAGGUGAACGAGCCAGAAUUAACCAGAUCAGAUAGAUCAUGCCAGUCAAUUGAGGAGUGAGGAGAUCAGACCAAUUUUAUUUUUGAUUAUUUUUAUUUUUAUUUUUUGUUUUUUCUUUUUUUUUAUUGGGAUAGAGCUUGCACAUAUAUUAUAGCCAAUAUAUCAAGUGUGUUCAGUUUUCGGCAUGCUGCCUGCUGUCGACAUCUGAAUACAUUUUUUUUUUUUAUUACAAAAUUGGCACUAGAAUGAUUUUUUUAUCCAGUGAUAUAGGACUAUGUAUCAGGUAAUUAUAGACAGAUAAUGUCUUUUUAGACCCUUUUUGUGCUUAAUCCGUAGUAGAUUGAUUAUAUAGCGAUAAUAACAUGAAUAGGUAGGAGGAGACAUCCUUGUCCACUUUGAUCAAAGCCAAUUGAUCAACCAAGACAAUCUGGAAAUGUUAGUUUCCACAUGUAAUAAUAUGACUAGUAGGCUACGCGUUAUUCCUUGUAAUUUAUUUAUUUAUUAUUACUAUUAUUAAACCUAUAAGUAUUAUAUUAUCAAUCUGUUUUUAGGUAGGUAGUUUUGAAAUAUUUAACAGUGGGAAGGUUUAGUUCAACGCUUCCCUAGUGAGAUGGAAACCGCUUAUUUAUCACCCCACCGGGGGUCAACCCGUCCCGAGGCCCAGAAAGGCCAAACCUCUGCGGGCAAACCGGCGGGGGGUGACCUCUCCCCUCUCCUCCCUUCUACUCCUCCACCUCUACUUGCCGGCAACUCAUCAGAAGAGACCCCGGCAAGCAGUGAUGGACGGAGAAACUCGGGCGUGAAGAAACACCAUCACAAGCACAACCUGAAACACCGCUACGAGCUGCUGGAGACGCUGGGAAGAGGCACCUAUGGCAAAGUCAAGAAGGCCAUUGAGAGGCACUCCGGCAGAGAGGUGGCUAUCAAGUCAAUUAGGAAGGAGAAGAUCAAGGAUGAACAGGACAUGGUUCACAUCCGCCGUGAGAUUGAGAUCAUGUCAUCCCUCCGCCACCCACACAUCAUUUCUAUAUACGAAGUGUUUGAGAACAAAGACAAGAUCGUGAUUGUGAUGGAGUAUGCCAGCAAGGGCGAGCUGUAUGACUACAUCAGCGAGCGCCGGCGCCUGAGCGAGCGGGAGACACGACACUUCUUCAGACAGAUAGUCUCCGCCGUGCACCACUGCCACAAGAAUGGGGUGGUGCACAGGGAUCUGAAACUGGAAAAUGUGCUACUGGAUGAAAACUGUAAUAUUAAGAUUGCUGACUUUGGGCUGUCCAACCUUUACCAUAAGGACAAGCUGCUGCAAACUUUCUGUGGCAGCCCACUCUACGCUUCACCAGAGAUUGUCAAUGGGAGACCAUACCGUGGCCCAGAGGUGGACAGCUGGGCUCUGGGGGUGCUGCUGUAUACCCUGGUCUAUGGGACCAUGCCAUUCGAUGGGGGAGACCACAAGAACCUCAUUCGCCAGAUUAGCAACGGCGAGUACAAAGAGCCCACACAGUCCUCAGAUGCCCGUGGACUGAUCCGCUGGAUGCUGAUGGUAAAUCCUGAGCGCCGUGCCACAGUGGAGGACAUAGCCAACCAUUGGUGGGUAAACUGGGGCUGGAAAAACAGUGUGUGUGACUGCGAGACUCAACGUGACCAUGGAGGCUCGCCCAUGCUGGCCCGCUUCAUCGACUGGCAGAACCGCACUGAGCCACGUGGUUCUGCAGCCAAAGCUGCAGCCAUGCCCCAGCUGCGCCAAAGGCCCAAAAAGUCCAAGAAGGAAAAUGUUGAGGGAGGACAGACACACUGUGGAGCGGAGGACAAGCCAGGUCUGAAGAGACCCAAGGGGAUACUGAAGACCAGGGUUACUGAGGAGCAGCAGUCUGCUAGUCUGGAAGAGGUGGAAUUGGGCCAGGCAGCUCUGCCUCAACAAGCCGAAGGGGGAGAGGAAGCCUCGAGCCCAGAUCGAGAGGAAGAGGAGCCGACUCUAGGGGGAGGCUCGCCAGCCAAGAUGGUGCCGUCUCUGCCCAAGAAAGGCAUCUUGAAGAACAACCAACAGCGGGAAUCAGGGUACUACUCCUCACCAGAGCGCAGCGAGUCCUCCGAGCUUUUAGGAGGUGCCAGUAUGUCUCUGCUAGCCACCUCCCCGCCAAAGAGAGUGAUGGGGAGAAAGGGCAUCUUGAAGCGAAACGGCAAGUACUCCACCUACAGUGGGCCUCCCUCAGCGGCAGCGGUGGCUGGAGUCCUCGGUGAGCCUCCUCCCUCAACUGACUCUGGUCUGUCCCGCAGUCAGAGUCGGCCCUCCAGCAUAGUCGGGGAGGACAGCUCUGUCCUGUCCCUGUCACCCAGCUCCCUCAGUGGGGCUGAGUGGCAUCCCUCCACCCCCCACCUCCGCCCAAACAUCAGGGCCUGCGUCUCGGCUGAAAACCUGCUGCAGCUCGCCAACUUCAAGGGCUUCCAGGCAGCCCCGCCUCACCAGGGACCCAAGUUCAGCCGUGGCCCGAAAACGAAAGGCUCCCCAGGGGACAAUGGCAGCUUCUCCUUGCUGGGGGACCUGGAGGACAUGACUCAGGUGUACCAGCAAGCCCUGGACAUCAGCAGCAACCUCACCUAACAGAUGGGUGGCAGAGAGAGAAGAAGAAGCAGAUGGAAUUGAACAUGACUGUGUGUGUGUGUGUGUGUGUGUGUGUCGUGUGUGUGUGUGUGUUGCGCGUGUGAGUGUAAGCGUGUAUGUGUGUGUGCGUGUGUGUGUGUGAAUAGGUAUCUAUGGGUGGCAUUAACGACCAGUGUGUUACUGGGAUACACCUUUUGGGAAGUCGCGGUCUUCCAAAUGGGGAUGAAAUCUUGAUGGAAAUGAUAUGUCUACUCACGCACACACACACUCACACACACAGAUGUACACACUUAGGUGCACUUCUCUGGCCAGAGGAAAUUUAGUUAGGGUUUUGUGAACAAGAGAGAGAAGGAGCUGGCACAAUACAAUGCCACCCAGUCUGCUUUCUUGGCCCGCCCAUAGACUUUGCUGUGUUCAACAUGUUUACAUAUUCAGCAAGAAGGCAAGUUAGAAUCACAAACGCAGCAACCAGAAACUGGUUGGCUCUCCUUGUAACACCACCCAUUUUUGAGUUUGAGUUUACAAAAGCACCUUAAAACUCACACAGAGCACAUGCUUUUGUGAUCUUUACUUCCUUAAAAAAAAAAAAGAAAGAAAGAAAGAAAAGAAAAGAAACAAACCAGGGUCUUGUUCCAAAAAUAACUGACAUUGCUGAUUAUUUAUUAAUAUUUUCGUAGCUUUUAGUUUUAAGUGCAAAACUGGUGGGCGCUGGCUGUUACUGGAAGAGUGUAAAGCUCCUUGUCUCCAACUCUUUGUGUGGAACUGACAUAUAUAAUUAUGUUACUCAGCGAUGAGAAACAUAUAUAUACUCAGCAUAUAUAAGUAUGUCUGCGCUUGUAAAACACGCAGGCAAAUAUACCUUCAUAAAAGCGUAUGUCCUAUAUAUGUGUAUGAUACUAGGGAAUAUGUAGGAAGUGCCUUUUUUGAUUCAUAAUUAAAAAAAAAAAAAUUAUGUAUGUCAUUUCCUUAAAGUGGAGGGAAAAGCCAGCCCAACCUGUCACCAGUUGUGCUUCUUUUUAAUGAUGUUUGUGAAUGUGGAGAGACCCAGGGCCUUCAGCACACAGCUGACUAGCUUUACUUGUUUUUGGGGGGGUUCAGAGGUCAGUCUCAGAUAGUUGAGAUCAAACAGUCUCGUCUCCUCCACCCCCUCCGUUCCUUCCACGAGUAGAACCACACACAGAUAUGCCAGAAUCUAUAGGGCCGUCUCGAGAAAGACCUCCUCCUCUGUGUUCUUUGUCAGUGUUUAAGCCUGAAGUCUGGUUUGUCAGCAGUUUAGGUGGCUUUGGUUGAGCACAGUUUUAGCUGGCAGCACCAGACAUCUGCAGGGACUCACCUAGUGGGACAUUAAAGUGAAGGGAGAUGGUGCAGACAACACCUCACAGUCCUGGAAUGUGCCUGGUUAUCUUAACCUUGGUUGGUUUCACAUUUUUGAGGCUACCUGAUAAAACAGGCUGUUUAGUGAGAUUUUUUUUUUUUUUUUUUUUUGCCAAAGACACAUAAGGUGGUUUUCAUUGUCACAUGAGUUAAUAUUUUACCCAAAGUUCUUCAAAAGAGCCAAGUAAGGUAGUUUGUUUUAGCCUGCUGAUGACACAGCAAAUUCCUCAGACAAAAGCUGGAGACGUGUUAGUGCUAGAGAUCUCUAUCAGCCCCAGCCUGACUCAGCACAGGUGGGCUCUGCGGUCGGUGCUCAGCCCUCCAGCUGUGUAUACUAGUCUGUUAUGUCAACCAAGCACAAUUAGCCAGCUAUUGUUUUCAUUUGACAGUAAGAGAGAGGCAGCGUGUAGAGAUUUAUAGCUAGAGGGAGAAGAAAAGAGUGUGAAAGAGUGAUGCGCGGAAAGGAGGUGAGAUUAGAGAGGACUUUCCUGUAGGAAAGGUCAAGGGGUUAGAUUUAUUUUUUCGAAAGGAAUUGUAAUGUAGAAUAGUGAAAGUAAAGGAAGUGAGUAGGAAGAGUAGAUGGAAAGUUUUUGUUUGAUACCAAAGAUGUGAUGAAGCUUUGACAUGAUUCAGGGGAAUGGAUAGGUCACGGACUAGUAAGAGUCUUUGGGAAUGUUCUUUGUGUAGGGAAUCCCCAUUGGUGAAUGAAAUCAUCCCCACAUUGGCUUUCCCUCACGUUUGUUUUAUUUUUCUUUUUGGAGUUUUUUAUUUUAAGAUGCUUGGAGGCUGUUGAUACAGCUUGACUUGAGGGUCAGUCGGUGGCCUUAGAAACGGUGUUCAAACAGCAGCAUAAAAGUGGGAGAACGGUGACUGACAUCAUCCAAAAUACCAAAUGAUGUGGACGGAAAACCAUGCAGUAGAUGACCCCCAAGGAAACAGAUCACAUGCUGAGAAUGUUUCCCUCUCGUGUGAAGGAAAGGUCCUGGGUAUGGAUUCAAAUGAAAGACCCGUUGCGUAUUAUAUUGCAUUUUAUUGCCUUUUGUAUUGCAUUUUAUUGUCAACUGGAUUUACAGUGAGAAAAUUAUACUAUGUUAGUAUUUUGUUUUAUUAUGCUUCUGUUUUUGAUUUUCCAAAAUAUAAGAAACUUUAUAUUGAUUGCUUUAUGUUAUGGCAGAAAAUACUUCCUUCCUCGAAGUAUUAGAAUUUCAGAAAGGAAAAAUCUGAUCUGACGUUGGUGUAGUCUCAGUUUCCCCCGUGUUUUGAUCCACUCGGCUGGUGAGAAAAGCCCAUUAACAACCUCCAAUUGGCAAAACUCAACUCGAUUGGAACAGGGAAAAAUGCUGAAAUUGGAUUUCCACCUCCACCAAAGCAGGGGAGCAACACCAGGAGAAAAAAAAGGAAAUAAAGCAAUGGAAAGAAUCUGAUGGUGAAACUUUUAACUCUGCCAAACUGGAAUAACUGGUGCAUAUCUGUUAGUUAGCAGAAAGUCUAAUCAUAGGAAAACUUGACUGGAUAUUGUUAUGACAAUAAUAAUAAAUUAGUAUUAUUAUGUUAUUUAAGUAUUAUUUUUGGUUAUGGCUCAUUACUAUUGUUGGCUGUUGCCACAGGUUUUUUUUUUUUUUUUUUUUCUGUUGGUGAUCCUGGACUGCCAAGGUGGAUUAAGUUGCGUGCCUUUGGUAUCUUUUAUGAACUUUUUUUUUUUUUUUUUUUGAUAAUGAAAAUUAUUAUCAAUGUGUUUUUAUACUUGUAUUUAUUGGUGAUCAAGCCAUUUAAUUUGUUGUCAAAAAAUACUCCCUGUUCAUGCUUUGGCCUGCUUUUUUCGGACUGCGUGUCGUGUUCGGUAUGUACUGCACACAAAAAUCUAAUUUGUUUGUUUCAACUUUAGAGUGGUGUCAUCUCAUUGUGAAGGCAGUGGCCAAGUGUGUCAUUUUUAAGAGUAACGAAUCAAAAAGAAAAUCCUGUAAAAUGUCUUAAUUCAUCCAUCCGGGUGUAUUUCUACUCAACACAAUGCCUCUGUAGUACUGUAUCAACUCAAAUAAAUGGAUCUUGAAAGAU